AUGAUCAUGGACCCGAAAAUGGAAACCGAGCAUCAAAAUCGCGCUCGUCGCUUAGCCUUUUGCGCGGUCGCUGUCUCAUCAACAGCAAUGCUUACCGCAGCUUUGUUAAUCCCAUUGGCGUACAACUACGUGAUGCAUCUUCAAUCACAAGUGAUGCGCGAUACCGAAUACUGUCAGCUCCGUUCUCGUGAUCUCUGGUCCUCUGUGCACUCGGUGGAUCAACCACGUGCAAAAAGAGAGUGGAAAUUCGGACGAUGGGCGCCCGAUGGUGGAAUCGGUGGCGGUGCCGGUGCCGGAUCGUACGGAAACGAGCCACCACCCCCGCAAAAUGCGCAGAACAACUAUGGAUACGCGCCAGUUGUCAACGCUGAGCCUGAGCCCCAAUGCUGCACUUGUCAACAAGGACCACCCGGACCCCCCGGAGCUCCCGGAGACGAUGGAUCUGAGGGACGGGAUGGAGACAUGGGAGCUGAUGCUAAGCAAGGAAAGGAUGGAUCGAUCGAGCCAUCAGAUGGACUUCAAUCCGAGCCUUGCAUCAUCUGCCCACCUGGACCACUUGGAGCUCCAGGACCCGCUGGAAACAAAGGACCGCAAGGACCAAGAGGAGCACCUGGAAAUCCUGGAGUUGAUGGACGUCGUGGAGAGCCUGGAAUGGUUGGACCAGCUGGGCCAAUGGGCGAGCCAGGACCACUCGGAAACAAAGGAAAGAAGGGAGACGAUGGACGAGUGGUCACUAUUCCUGGUCCACCUGGACCCACUGGACAUCCAGGACCACAAGGAAAGCAAGGAGAGCGUGGGCCAAAGGGUAUCCCGGGAAAGACACACGUUGGAGGAGAAGGACCACAAGGAGAUGCUGGACGCCCAGGACGUGGCGGUCGCAAAGGACCAGCCGGAGGACAAGGCCCACUUGGAUCAAAGGGACGCGAUGACGAAGAAAAAGAACAAAUUCUACAUCAAUCAACACAACAAUCACCAAUUGGACACGAAAACAUUCGUUUCUGUGAUGAACUUGUAAUCAGUGAAGAGAAAGGAACAAUGGCCAAUGAAGAGAAUAUCGAAGUGAAUCUCGAAGAGAAUCUCGAAGAGAAUAUCGAAGUGAAUCUCGAAGAGACUGCACAAGAUGGAAAUAGCAUCACCUCCGAUUUCCCACCCGAACGUUCUUUCACCAAUCUCACUCUCCACACCAUUCGUUUUGCGAUCCCGGAAAAAGAUUACGAGAAAAAUCUCAGCUAUUUGGGUGGUGGCACGUAUGGAUCAGUUGUAAAGACGUCAAUCCAUUCCCGCGAUGGACAAGAGAGACAAGUGGCCAUCAAGAAAUUGCAUGAACCGUUCAGAGAUCAAGCUCAGGCCUGUCGUGUUUAUCGUGAGUUGAGAUUGCUGCAAUUGAUGAGACAUGACAAUAUCAUUCGAGCUGUUGAUUUGUACACACCGGAUCCCGUCGAGGAUUCGUUCUCGCAAAUCUAUAUUGUCACUGAAUACGCUGGGAAUAGCUUGUUGACGAUUUUGAAGUCUCAAAAGCAAACAGGACGCCGCAUCUUGGAUCCGGAUCACACUCGUUUUAUCGUCUAUCAAUUGCUUAGAGCGAUGAAAUACAUUCAUUCAGCGAAUGUGAUGCAUCGAGAUCUGAAACCAUCAAAUUUGGCUCUCACCGAACAAUGCGAUUUGACAGUUCUCGAUUUUGGGUUGGCGAGAACGUUAGAGAAUACGAAUACAUCAUUGACACAAUAUGUGAUGACGAGAUGGUAUAGAAGUCCAGAAGUAAUCUACUGGAACAUCGACUCGUACAACACUCAAGCCGAUAUUUGGAGUGUUGGUUGUAUUGCGGCUGAGUUGAUGAACGGAGUAGCUUUAUUCCCGGGCGAGGAUGCGCAGGCUCAAUACGCGAUGAUCACAAAGCUUUGCGGGAGUCCCGAUGAGCAUCUCAUGCAAAAGAUCGAAGUAAACAACACAUCAAGCAUGAGAGCCGUUCUCGAGAUGUACGACAAAUACAAUCGAGUCGAUUUUCUUAGACACUUUGGCGCCUCUCCGCCGGGUUUCGCCGAUUUUUUGGACAAAAUUCUCGUGCUCGAUCCGGAGAGAAGAAUGACUGUGGAAGAUGCUUUAAAACAUCCAUAUCUCGCCGAAUUCUCCGAACCCGAGGAUGAGCCGGCAGCCGAAGCACCAUUCUCGCUUGAUGAUCGAGAUCGAUCGAUUAACGAGUGGAAAGCCUUGAUCUGGAAUGAGAUUCGAAAUUUUAAAGGAGACGGUCAUUCGCCGAGAUUC